ACUCCUGGCGGAAGGCGUGACGCCGAAUAACAAAGUCUACGUUAUGGCCAACCCGGACAAGGUUGACGAGAGUGAGGACCCUAAGAAAAAGAAGGGAGACGAACCUAAACCUGAGUCAACUAGUAUUGAUGGUAGCGUAGAAUCCCUGGACAGUAAUGGAGGAGAAAAAGAGUCCGGCGUGGUCAUCGAAAACAAGAACGUGGUUGAGAUUGAUAUUGGGGCUUCCGAGAAGGAAGAGAAGGAAGAUCAAGAUCCUGUUUUCCAGAAAAAUAAAGAGUUGUUCCGAAAGCUCGGUGAGAUGCAGAAUAGUGGCAGUAAUAUACUGAGCGAGAAAGUGGAACUAGGACUGAAUAAACUGAGGAAGAGUUCAGUCAUCACUGAGAAAACGUUCGAAGAUUGGGUUAGGCGACAGAUUAAUGUGAGGGAAUGCUGUAAGUUUGUGAAGAAAAAAGACCACAAAGAUGACCCCAUAUGCAAGUGCGGGAACAAAAGGUCUAACCAUCUCCCGAGGACGGUGGAGAUGACCCCAGACGCUAAAUGGGACCAGCCCAGCUGUACCACUCUUGUUGAGAACUGUGCUUUUGGCAAGAUUAACUUCUCAGGUGUGGACACAACCACUCAGCCACAGUACAUGAGGAUAGCAGUUGAUAACGGUCGUACGGAGACUAUAAAGAAACUGGAACGAUUGUUCACAGAGUUUUGGAAGCUUAACGAACCUGAUUUAUUGAUAUCAGUAACAGGAGGAGCUAAGAGUUUCAACGUGUCUCACGAUAUCUGCGGCUCAUUUCAACAGGGUUUACUCAGUGCUGCUAAAUCAACUAAUGCCUGGCUGAUAACCGGUGGACAGAACUGCGGAGUAAUGAAACUGGUUGGAGAUGUGAUUGGGCGGAGUAUCUUCACCAGUAAGAUCUGCACUAUAGGUGUAGGCAACUGGGGUAAAACAUGGCGACGUGAGAUGUUGCUCAACAAGAACAGGAUCCUAGAAACUGAUUCGGAGAUUAAAUAUGACAGAGAACCAGAUGAUCACCCAAAGUCCAGAGAGCCGAUGGUGAACUACACACUAGACGCGCCUGCUAAAGGGUAUGCUGCCCUGGACCCCAACCAUACCCACCACUUCCUUGUUGACGAUGGUACUGCCGAGAAGGAAGGAAUUGAAAUAGACUUCCGAGGAGAGUUAGAGUCUCUGAUUUGUAACAUGUUUACAAAAGAUGCAGUCUCGUUACCCAUGGUUACUAUUAUGAUAGAGGGUGGAAUGCAAAGUCUCGAUCAAGCAGUCAGCACGCUACGAAAAGGUAAAACGUUAGUUGUACUGAAAGGCAGUGGCCGAGCUAGUGACAUUCUCUGCUAUGGAUUCGAACACAGUAUUGAAGUUGAGCGAGAAAAUGAAGACGGUGAGAUGAUACAAGAGCGUGUGUUAACAGAGUCAUGCAAACAAGAAAUGAUAAAACUGAUUGAUAAAGAUUUCGCAAAAUACAGAGCUCAAGGAAUUGUGGAGAAGAUGAUAAAUGCUGUAAUGGAGAUAUCUUCUUAUCGUAAAACUGUGACAGUAUUCAGUAUCUACAACCCUGAACCUCUGGACUUCUACAUCCUCUCCUCACUGAUGCAGAGCUCAGCGGGAGGGGCCACCAGGAUGAGACAGAUGAGACUUGCUAUCACGUGGGGUCACGCAAGGGUCGCUAGAGAGUUCAUCUUCGCGAGGAAGGAGUACAAGUUCUCGACAGAAGAGUUGAACAGUCUCCUUCUUUUCUCGAUCAUCAAACAGCGCACUGAGUUUGUUAAACUGCUCAUAGACUACGGAGCUAAUGUCAGAGAGUUUGUUACCCAAGCACAUCUUACUCGACUGUACAAUGAGUUGAGGACCAGUACUGGUGGUUACAGACUCUUGCAAGAAAAGAGAAAGAAAGAAAAGCUCGACAGAGGGCGGUUCAGAAUGUCCGUAAGAAGCAAAACAACUCGAGGCGUUGUACUGUCAGAUGUGGGAUCCAUAAUAAAUCAGAUCAUGCAGGGAUCCUUCAGAAGCAUACUUUGUGACCCUAAAUACAACGAGCGGGCCCAGGGCAACGAGACAUUUGAGAAUCCUUUUGAUGUCAUGACGAUAUACUCCUGUUUGGCUGAUUGCCAGUCUAUGGCAUUGUUAUUUUGGGAGAGUGCCAAGACACCCAUGGCAACAGGACUUGUGUCACACAAGAUCUACAUGUUCCUGGAUAAGAUGGAGAGCAAGUGGGCGAGAAUGGACGAGGAGAUGACUGAGAAAUUGGAAAAUGCUGCUCACGAACCAGUUCCCGCAGGAUCGAGUGAAUUCGAGAUGCUGAGCUGUGGAUUACUGACGGCUUGUUACCAUAGUUACGAUAAAACUGAGUGGAUCAAUAUUCUCACUGUCAAAAUGAAAGAUUGGGGAUACCUGAACCUGUUUGUGAUAGCCAACAUUACUGGAAGCAAGCUGUUCAUAUCUCAUGCUGCCUACCAGUCCUAUCUCACCGACAUUUGGAUGGGAAAUAUUCAUGCUAGUACUCCUACUUGGAAGCUCCUACUAUACAUCUUCCCGCCCCUGCCUAUUUUCCUAUCAUUCAAUGCGAGGUUCACCAACAAGGAUGGCACAAUGAAAAGGUUAGAUUCGAAUGAACCGGACGAAACACCAAAGUUCUCGGGAAGGGAGAGGCUGGAGCUCUACUAUACCUCACCUGUAAUCAAAUUUUUCCUCAAUACCAUCACUUACCUUAUCUUCCUCGCUGUUUUCAUGGCCACACUACUGGGAAGUUCAGCUGGAAGUAAUAAAGCUGGAGGUAGCUCAGCUGAGGGUAACGGCAGUGGCAGCAAGCCAGAUACAAUAGAUUUUAAAGACAUAUACACCAUCGUAUUCGUCAUUUCAACCUUUCCCGUUGAACUCGCACAGAUUCUCGCCAAGCACACAAAAUCAGUGAAAAAGAAGUUCGCCCACCACUUUAAGAAAGUUUACAAUCUGCUAGACUUUUUGGCAGUUAUACUGUUUCUGUUCGGGUUCGCAAUUAAAGCUAACCUCGAGAACAAAGGUGAACAGGCGGAGAGUGAAAGAAAACGAAGAUACAAUUUGAAAGAGUUCUCAGAUUACCACCAAUAUAGACUGAUAGCGUCCCUCUGUUUUGCAUUCUACUGUUUUACGUUCAUGAGAAUGUUUGAGAUUAACAGCAAGAUUGGUCCGAAACUCUUCAUGCUCCGUCGGAUGUCUAUCGACUUAUUCUUCUUUAUAUUCUUAUUACUGGUUUUCACUAUGACAUAUUGUAUUGCAUCAGAGGCCCUCAUGUAUCCGUUUAAUGAUGCAGCUUUGGGUGAUACUAUCUUUAACGCUGUGAAGCGGGCUUACCUUAACGUGUUUGGAGAUAUCAAUAUGGAUGGUAUAGAAAACAACAUAGUCGAAGGACAUUGCACUGCGGAUUCUGUGGGCGCAACCUGGCCAGAAUUAAAUGGUAAUACCACGUGCAAAAUAGAGCAAGUUCGAAACACGGAUGUUGGAAAGGUCAACUACUACUUCACCUUCUUCUUACUAUGUAUGUACCUCUUAUUCGUGAAUAUCAUGUUAAUAAACUUGUUGAUCGCCAUCUUCUCCAAUACAUACGCGGACUCUGAAGCUAAGUCAGGUAUAAUCUACAAAACUCAGCGAGCUGAAGUUAUAUUACAGUUUAGAGAACGCCCCUGGCUACCAAACCCGCUGUCACUGGUUUACUUUGUCGGGUUGAUGGUUAAAAAAAUAUUUGAUAAGUGUGUUUGCAAGAAGAAACUCUACCGGAGUCAGAUAAAGAAAGUUAACAAACAGAAUACAUCGUUUAAUGCAUUCCGAGCAUCACUGAUUGAAGCGGAGUGUGUUGGGAUAUUUAUACGAAAGAAAAAGCAGAAAGCUGUGUCAGUGUCAUCCCUACUUGAAAAGCUACACUUGCGGUUUACGGGACUAACCCACACUGUUGAGAACGUGGAAGCCCAAAUCAAGAAGUCAGCAGGAGUGAUGGAGUCCUCUGCGCUGAAGAAGAACAGCUCUCGGGGCGGUUCUAAAACUAACACCCUGAAGAAAGAGCUGCUCACUCAUCCAGUGCAUAAAAUUGCUAGAAUCUCUCCCUAUGGAGGUACAGGUGAUGUGGUCAGGAUACCAGUUGCUGAUGACAGGGUGUCAUGGUGCACGCUACACGAGUGGUAUGAUCCACCUGACUUUACCUGUGAUUCCGUGGCUGACACCGACACUGACGACAUGGACUCUAUCCAGUUUAACGCUGUGGACGGCAAAGUUGACAGAACCAGUCUGUAUAUACCUUAUGCAGUUGUAGAUGGAGACCCAAUGAAUCCGGUGGGAAGAACAGGUUUGAAAGGAAGAGGGUUACUUCAGAAAUGGGGCCCAAACAAGUUCGCAGUAACUGUUAUCACUAGAUGGGCACGACCAGGAACAGGGAAUGUGUUUUCAAUUAAAAACAAACAAGUUAUUGAAGUGCUGUUAGUUAAAAAUGACAAGGACUCGCCCUAUACUCUUCCUAAGCUCCGAUGUGAUACUGAGAUAGACGACAAGUCACAUAAGAAGGUCGUGAAAUCAGUAUGUUACGAUUACGAAGAAGUAUCAGCGGCUGAGAACCAGAACGUGGACAAACUGAUUGAAAGUGCAUUCGUUGAUCAAUACAACCCCAUUUAUAAGGGGUACUUUGACGACACGGUUAACACUGACAACGCAUGGGUAGAGGUCCAUGUUUCUAGCGUCCACAUUGACGGUAGCUUCUCUACCACUCCUCCCUCAAAGGGCAAAGAUGUGGAAGAAGCCACGUGGACGAUGCUCAACAGCAAAGCAGCUCUCCGGCAAAACGACGCCUGGUUACUGAAAAUGACGUGCAACAAACUACACUGCUACAACCCUUGGCGGGGCGAAGUUUUAAUCUAGAACUUUGGUUACUUGGGUUACCAUGGUUACUUUGGGUUUUCUUUUGUGUCAUUUCGCAUUUAUCUUGGUAGUGUGCAGCAGCUCUUGUGAACUUUG